AUGUCCCUCACCACCGAUUCCAUGAAUUGUUUGAUGAAGGUCAUCGUAUUUGCCCUGGUUUGCGUUUUCGCUGCGGCAUCCAUUGAAGCCAAACGCCAGCGAGUGGUCUACGUUCGCAGAAGUACUCAAGCCCAAGAAUCGGGUUCCGGGGAAGCCCAGGGAAGCGGGGAACGGGUUUAUGCCCCAGGCCCACAAAGGGUCACCUAUCGCCAGCGAGAGGACUCGAACGAAUAUUCUCGAGGAGGAUAUGACAACGCCAAGUACCGGUUCGGAUACAAGGUGAAAGCUGUCGGCGGCGGAUACGGCAAGAAAUACGGCGGCGGCAGCAGCGACGAAGGGCGCGGAUACGGCGGCGGUGACCGCAGCGCCGAAUUCGGCCACUCCGAGUCCCGCGACGGCACCAAAACCACCGGGGCGUACUUCGUCGAGCUUCCCGACGGCCGCCUCCAGCGUGUCGACUACUACGUCGACGGCUAUUCCGGCUUCGUCGCCCGAGUGUCGUACAAUGGUGAACGUCGAGGCUACGGCGCCAGCGGAGAAAAGUGAACUGAUCGAAAUCCCGACUGGGAUGCACGAAUAAGCCACAGCACAUGGAAAAACAAAAUGAGUCCAUUCUUGGCAAAAGUCUAGUCAAAUCCUUGCAGCAGCUGUCAAAUUAUUUUUUUAAACGAAAUAUCCAGGUUUUGGGAUUUAUAUUCUGCUGUUUAAUUUUCUCUCUGGAUAUCAGAUCUAAUAAGAACUCUUACAAUAAUCUUUAUUUUUGAAUCUUUCACAAUUUUUUCAACUUUUCGUUCAAAUAUGUUUCGUUGAAAAGUUUCCCAUAGGUUUCUGUGAUUCAAAUGCAAUCGCCA